AUGCCAUACUUGGAUAGAACCAACGAAAUUUUGUCAAUUAUACAGAAUCAACAGCAGAAGAAGCAAUAUGAAGCUUCACAUGCCGAACAGAAAAAGAAGGACGCUAAAAAGAAACAAACACCAAAUGCCGUUUUGGAGUUCAAUGAGAAGGCUAAACAAAUCUCGAGAGAAUUACAAGAUACUGCAGAUUUACUGCAAAAGCUUACAAAACUGGUCCGACAAAAAACACCAUUUGAUGACAAUUCGGAGACGAUUAAAAUUUUGACAAUGAAAGUGAAAGAGCAAUUGUCCAAUCAAGAUUUUGCUCUCCGAUCACUUCAAGAAAUGAUUGACAAGCAACAAGAAAAGAAAAAUCAACAAACACAACACUCAAGUCACAUAUUAACGGGCUUAAAUUCUAAACUCAUGUAUGCUACUGAACAAUUCCAAAAUGUCCUUAAAACAAGAACGACACAAAUGAAAUCUGACAAGAAGAGACGAAAUAUGUACACAUUUGAGGCCAAUGUAAAAUCACUUUCAUCACUUUCAGCAAACGUUGACAGACAAGCAGCCUCUCCCAACUCUAGAACUCAAGUAGAAGCCUCUGGAGGAGCUGUUGGAGCUCAAGAUGCCUCACUUUCUACAGGCCAAAUUGAAGACUUGAUGACUGAAGGCAGUCAAUUACAACAAUUAAAUCAACCCUCAAUCAAUAGAAAUGCAUUGAGGAGCAGGACAGACGACAUUUUAGCCAUCGAGUCAGAAAUUUCAAAACUCGGUGAAAUGUUUAAUCAUUUGGCUGUGAUGAUAAAACAUCAUGGUGAACUGACACAAAGAAUAGAUCAAAAUAUUAACUUGGCUGCAGACAACCUCGAAAAAGGAAAUGCAGAAUUGUGGAAAGUUUGGGAAAAUACUCGAGGCAAUACUGGCCUCAUUCUCAAAAUAUUUGCCGUCCUCGUGGUAUUUAUCAUCAUUGUAGGAUUGGUUGUUGUAAAAUAA